AUGUGCAACCUCAAGCCGAGCAAACAAUCGGAGACUAUGACUCUGCCGAUGCUUUCUUCACGGAUAGAAACCCUAUCCAUCCACCACUUCCUGCAAGGAAUGACUAUGAGAUCAAGCCUCAGAUCAUUGCAUUGGAACAAGAUCUCCAACUUUCGCCAAGCCACUAAUGAAUCUUUCUAUGAGGCGCUAGACCGAUUCAAGGAGUACAUUAGGGACUGCCCUAAUCAUGGUUUCAAGGAGGGAAACCUAUGGAACAUCUUCUAUCGUGGCAUAGACCACAAGUACAAGCUUUCAUUGGAUACUGCAAGCAAUGGAAACUUCAUGACCAAGACUGUUGAUGAAGCUAAGGUUCUUAUUGAGAAUCUUGCAGCUAGUGAUUGUAACAACUGUCCUGAUUAUGACCGCUCAAGCCGCACCACUACUAGCUCCCCUGAUUCUUUCAAAUGA